AUGCCACCUUUAAAUGCUGCGGAUGCAUGUAUAAAAAAAGCAGAAGAACUGUCGGAUAAAUUAAUUAAAAAAUCAGAAGAAGCUUCAACCCUUUAUAAUUAUAUAAUUCAUAUAAAAAAUCUUACUAUUUCUGAACUUGUUAAGCAUUAUCAUAAUCAUAUACCAAGUAUAUCGAUAAAUAAUUUUCCAUCUCUCGGCAGCAUCGAUGAUAUUCCAAACCAAAUCAAUGCAUAUCGUGAAUCUGAAUCAUCGAACCAAAAGGAUUCAUCUCUCGGCAGCAUGGAUAGCAACAACGAUCAAAGCCAAACCAAUGUAUAUGAAUUUGAAGAUUCUUUUUUAUCAGGCCAAAAAGAACCAUUUCAAAGUAGCAUGUAUAACAACGAUGAUCAAAACCAAAACGAUGAAUCUUAUUUUACAUCAGGCCAAAAAGAUCCAUUUCCCAGCAACAUUGACCGUCAAAACUAA